AUGGACAACAGAUUCACCCAGAUCCCAGAUAUUUAUCCAACUGGAGACAACGCCACACAGACAAACCUCUCGUGGGCCUAUAUCGAUGGAGCGCCCGGCAUCUCAGUUGAGACAGUGGUGCUGUCAUGGGCGGCCCUUUUACAUGCAUACACCGGCGACGAACUGCCUGUAUUCGCUCUGAACCAGCGAGCAGUCAAAGUUAUCCUGGCGGAAGAGAGUUUUGACCCCAUAUCUUUGCCGGAGAUGGGAGAGACGCCUUACACCGCCGUUAACACCAUCAGACUAGAAGGAGAGGAUGGCAUCUUGCAAUCGGAUGCAGGCCGAGUCACAGGCAAGUGUUCAUUGUCUUUUGACAUUGAUAUGGCCGCAGGUUGUGGUGUUUUACGAUCUGAAGUCGGAAUCCUACAGAUUCACCUAGAGCAGAUUGGAUUACAAUUGUCGCGUUUCAUGCGAAGGUUUGCUCAGUCUAUCAUACCAUCGAAUACUACUAGCUUGGACCAAGAUUUGCGAUUGUCCAUAGCUAACCACCAUCCUCACGUGUUGCCGGGUCCUCAAUUUCUCCAUCAGCUCGCUUUCAGUCACGGACUACGGGAUCUUCCAGCCUUAGAUUUUCUCGAUCACGAUGAAUCUGUUCAGAGUCUGUCUUUUCAUGAGUUGGAUUGCCUCUCGACGCAGAUGGCAAAACGUAUAACUCAUACUCUCGGGCCUCCGCGUCCGAAACUAACGGGCCGCAUUAUUCCUGUGCUUCUCGCCCAGUCAGUCGAGUUGUAUAUCGCAUGGCUAGCGAUUUUGAAGGCGGGUGCGGCUUUCUGUCCACUUAGCACGGAUGCGCCAGAAGAUCGAAUUCGUUUUAUCCUAAAGGACGUCUCAGCGGAUAUGGUAGUGACUCAUAGCACAUUCAAAAAGAAGAUAGCCAGCGCAACGAAUGUUUCACUUCUAUUCAUGGAUAGUCCUGAAUUAGAACCAUCCCCGAACAUUUGGCAAGAACCCGUCCUCUUUCCGGAAGAUCUUGCCUAUGUCAUGUACACCUCCGGUUCAACAGGUCGACCGAAAGGCGUGGCCAUCUCACAUCGGGCAGCUACGCAGUCGUUACUCGCACACGACGGUCUUAUUCCAUCAUUUAGGAGGUUUAUCCAAUUUGCCUCGCCAACUUUCGAUGUCUCAGUGUUCGAAGUAUUUUUCCCCUGGUUUAGAGGAGCCACGCUUGUUGGCUCAGAGCGAAGCAACAUGCUUCUAGAGCUGCCUAAAAUUAUCUCAGAAAUGCAGGUAGAUGCUGCUGAGCUGACACCAACUGUGGCUGGAGAGCUUCUGCGUAGUCGCAAGAGCGUACCGUCUCUCAAGGUACUUCUCACCAUUGGUGAAAUGCUGACGAAACGGGUUGUCGAAGAAUUUGGAUCCUCGCAAACGCAAGAUGGGAUACUUCAUGGAAUGUAUGGUCCGACUGAGGCAGCGAUACACUGCACAGCUGCGCCAGGUUUCCAUUCUGACUCAAGAGUAAACUUGAUCGGCCAGCCCCUAAACACUGUCUCUGCUUUUGUAGUAUCCCUCGACGAUUCACAGUCUUUAUUUGAGCCUGCGAUCUUACCUAUUGGUCAAAUUGGAGAGCUGGUAGUUGGCGGGUCACAGCUAGCUGAUGGUUAUAUUAACCGUCCUAUAGAGAAUUCUAAAGCUUUUAUCUGCAGCAAAAAGUAUGGGCGUUUAUACCGCACCGGUGACAAAGCACGAUUUCUACCAAACGGAGACAUCGAAUGCUUUGGCCGUGUAUCUACGGGUCAGAUCAAGUUGAGGGGUCAACGCGUGGAGCUUGGAGAGAUCGAAAGCGUGGUCUCCAUGGCCCCAGGAAUUCGCAGCACAGUUGUGGGAGCUGUCAGUGGGAUCUUAAUCGCAUGGCUGCUUGCUGAAGUGGAGGAUGCCAUCCACCCUAGUGAGAUUCGAAAUUUCUGCCAGGGAAAGUUGCCCGGUUACAUGGUUCCUGGGGACUUUGUAAUCGUUAACGAAUUCCCGCAACUCGAAUCUGGAAAAAUAAACAGAAAGGCUCUGGAAGCUGAGUACACCAGAAACCAAAAAGAAACCUUUGUGGAGAGAAACUGGUCUUUUCGAGACCCACUGGAGGAAAAAAUUGCCGAGGUCGUUAAUAAAGUUGUUGAUACAUCGACCGAUAGCCUUUCAGCAGCAGGACUGGAUUCCCUGAAAGGCAUCAAAUUAGCAGCCAAGUUACGGGAUAUUGGGAUCAAUUUGGACGUCAGUGAACUGCUUGCUGCAGAUUCUGUGAGUGGAAUUUGGGAUCUUGCUCGAGGUACCAGAAAAAUAUCAGAUAUAGCACCUCAAAUGAGCAGGAAUACCUCGACGUCCGUGGUCACAGCAGGUUAUGAAGAGCUCAGCUCAGAGAACCUUCAGUCUCAAAUUGAAAGAAUUGAACUAUGUUCCGAUACCCAACUUGCGAUGCUCUCAGAGUCGCUCCGGGACGGUAAAGCAUACUGCAACUGGAUUGAGCUCAAGUUUUCGAAAAGUCUUGAUCUGGCACGCAUAAACCAAGCAUUUUGCAAACUGAUAGAAAACAAUGAGAUGCUACGAUCUGCGUUCUUAUUGCUUGACCUACCUGGUCAUCCCUUUUGUCAAGUCAUAUGGAAUAAUUUUAAUAUGACCACCUACUUCCAAGAGACAACAGCGUUCAAUUAUGACUGGAGAAUGGAUACUAGUUCUAAUAUUCUCACUCCAUUCAAAGUACAAUUCAUCCAAGAUGAGUCAUCAGUGCGAAGUCUACUUCAAUUACACCAUGCUAUCUAUGACGGUUGGUCUUGGGAACUUCUGCUAAAUGAUCUUCAAUUCGCUUUAGCUAAGGAGCCUUUGGUUCCCAGACCAUCAUACUCAGCCAUAGUGAAGCAUUAUAUGACAUUAGCCACGUCAGAUUCAGCCGUGAAGUCUAAAUCAUACUGGGCUAACUAUCUUCAGGGUGCAGUCGCAUUGAAAUUUCCGAAUUUUCACGGUCGACAUGGCUUAACGAAAAGAAGUAGCAGAUUUAACCUUGAUCUCAAUGUUUCUUUGCCAGAGCUUGGGGCACAGGCUCAGUCUUUGUCGAUAGGUCGUCAAGUCUUUUUCCAAGCUUCACUUGCAUAUGUUCUAUCAUUCUAUCUCGACUCGCAGGACGUGAUUCUAGGUACAGUAUUCUCUGGUCGAACUGCACCUGUCGAUGGCAUCGAAGCAAUAAUAGGGCCGUGUCUUCGUAUAUUGCCAAACAGGGUCAAUCUCUCAUGGGUGCGAACGAUUUCCGACCUUCUAACCGUUAUCCAAAGAGAUAACCGCAAGGCACUGCAAUACGGAGACCUGUCGCUCCGUGAAAUCAAGAAAAUUUCCGGGGUAGAAAAAAGCAACAAUCUAUUCGAAUCUCUCCUUGUUUGGCAGGAGACUUCGUUAGAGUCUUUGGAGUCAUAUACAUCCUUCGAGCAGGUUGCAUCUGCAGAUUAUUUAGAGUUCCCCUUGACCAUUGAAUUGGAACCAAAUGAUGGAAAAAUAACAGCUACAGCUACUUUUGACGAAUCUACUUUUCCGGCAGCCCAAGUCCAUCUACUACUCAAGCAAAUUGAUGCGAUUGCCGAAAUUUUUAUUCGCUCACCAGAGGCCCUACUCAGCUCCGUCAAUGAACAGCUUCCUUCUUCUGUUUUAUCAAUAGAGAAUGAUCACUUUACGCAUUUCAACAAUCUCGCGCAUUUGGCUUACCAAGUCGAGCAAAUUGCUGCCAAUGAACCUAUGCGAAAUGCUAUUGAGUUUAUUCAUUCCCUUGAUCCGGAUACAGGAACAAUCCAUCUCGAGACUCUUACUUACUACGAUCUCAAUUCUCGAAGCAAUCGUCUCGCUCAACAUCUGCUCAGCAGUGGUGUUUCAAGUGGGGACUUGGUUGCAGUUAUCUUGGACAAAUCCAUCGAAUUAUAUGUCUCAAUACUGGCAAUUGUCAAGAUCGCCGCAGGCUAUGUACCUUUGACACUUUCAACUCCCAUUGAAAGGAUUCGUGUCGUUCUAAACGAAACGAAACCGAAGUUAGGUAUUAUCGAUUCCAGUGUCCUCGCCGAUUUAGGAUCUCUAGUUUGGUUUCAAACUUUAGAACUGGAAACUUGCACGUUUAUGGAACAAUAUCCUGACGAAAACGUGACCGUCGUCCAUCAAGUCUCUAAUACCGCAUAUGUAGUCUUCACAUCUGGAAGCACAGGAGAACCCAAAGGAGUUGCCAUAACUCACCACAAUCUGCAAAGCAACAUUGCAACGCUCACUGAAAUUUAUCCUACUGGACCAAGUGCCAAGAUUCUACAAGCUUGCUCUCAGGCCUUUGAUGUAGCCGGUUUAAUUCGCCCUGAAAAUGUACCAGAAGUGAGGGUUUUAGUCACAGCUGGCGAGGGUUUGACAGCGAAAGUCCACCAAGACUGGGCAGGAAAAGGCUUAUAUCAAGUCAAUCCUAAUGUCUCUAUGUUCGAUGAUCUAAGGAAUAUAGGAAAGCCAUUGAAAAAUACCUCGGCAUUUGUCAUCUCCGGUGGCUCUGAUUUUACCCUCCUACCUAGAGGAGCUGUGGGUGAAUUCUGCUUCGGCGGUGACCAAGUUGGCGAGCAAUACCUCAAACAGCCCGAUUUGACAAAAGAAAGGUUCCUCGAUCACCCUAAUUUCGGCAGAGUGUAUCGGUCUGGAGAUUUUGGACGGCUGUUGUCAGAUGGCUCCUUAAUGUUUACAGGUCGUAGAGAUGACCAAGUCAAGUUGCGCGGCCAGAGGAUUGAACUGGGAGAGAUUAGCAAUGUGAUCUUACACAAUGAGAAGACCCGGGAUUGUACUUCGAUGAUUGUUAGUAACAAGGAUAAGGGCCAAGAACAACUUAUAUCUUUCUUCAUUCCAGAGCGUUCGAGGUUCACAGAACACGAGUUUGACGAUGAGCUAACGGUUUUGAUAAACCGUCUCUACGAAGACUUGUCUGCCAAAUUACCGCCUUACAUGAUUCCAUCUUCCUUGAUACCUAUUGCAUUGAUUCCGAUGACAGCGGUAAAGAAAAUUGACACCAAAAAAUUGACGGAAAAAUUCCAUUUACUGACUCCAGACGAUCUACAUCGAUACUCGCGCUCAAGGCCGAUCUCAGUUACGGACAAUUUGACAUCAGCCGAAGAAGGAAUAGCAAGGAUUAUCUCCCAAGCUACUCAGACACCGUUGGAACAUCUCAGAGUGAAUACUUCCCUAUAUAGCAUAGGUCUCGACUCAUUAUCUGCUAUAUAUGUGUCGAAGAGGCUUAGAGAAUCCGGGUUUGGCCAAAUCGAUAUCUCUCUAAUUUUGCGCAAUAGCUCCAUUGGUGAGCUAGCAAAAGCUAUAGAGAGAGCGAAAGAUGAAAGGGAUGGUUCAAUCGGUCUUCCAGCACUAAGAAAAAGCGGCUUUUUCGAGGAUGAUAUUGUCCAGAAAAUUAUAGUCGAUUUUGAAAAGAUAGCGAACCUCAAAGUUGAAUCAGUCAUUCCUUGUACUGCCUUGCAGGAAGCGAUGCUUUCGCGCACAGCUUCGCAUGAUAAACAUGUUUAUUGGAAUCAUAUUUUGCUCGAAUUCUAUGGAGACGCUGGAAGACUUCGUGAUGUCUUACAACAAAUGGUUUGCAGACAUGGGAUUCUGCGGACAUGUUUCGUUGGCACCAGUGACGCCAGAUACUCAUUCGCACAAGUCAUCCUAGAAAGCAUCUCGUUGCCCUUCAUCUCAGUUGAAACAACAGACAUGAAUGUUGAACUAAGGAAUCAGAAGUCGGCUCUCGCACAACACAUACAUGAACCAUAUAGAGUUCCAUACUCUAUCUCAGUCGUUACCGAUACUUGCACAAAGCAAAAAUUUCUGCUCGUCUCCAUCCACCAUGCGAUACAUGACGGCGAAGCAAUGUCAUUGCUUUUCAAGGAGAUUGAAGAUGCCUAUGAAGGAAGUUCCUUGCCCCCCGCAAUCCAGUUCCACCAAUUCGUCGACUAUAUGUUAGCAGAAAACCAUACGGAGCAUGGCUCCUUCUGGGUCGAAUAUUUACGUGACAUUUCCGUGUCACAUAUUUGCUCCCAGCGAGCAGCACCGGAAGAAGGUCCUCAAUUCGAGAUAUUUCAGCAGGACCUUGGCAUUACCCUGACAAAUUUCGAGACAGCCUGCAAGAAUCUAUCUGUGACACCACUAACUGUGCUCCAUGCCUCAUGGGCGCGACUUUUGUCACUCUAUACGAACUCUUCUGAUAUCUGUUUUGGAACUGUUGUAAGCGGUAGGACAGCGCUCCUAGAUGGAGUGGAAGACAUAAUUGGGCCAUGCUUCAAUGUACUCCCUAUUCGUGUCCAAAUAUCACCUAAUGCUCUGAAUAUCGAUGUGGUGAGAACAGCACAGAAAGCCAAUGCCGACAUACUAGCCCAUCAACACACGUCACUGCGAGAUAUUCAGAAGAAAUUCUCGCGACAGGGUAGACCUCUCUUCGACUCAAUCGUCCUUUUCCAGCGCCCUGCAAGGGAUAUGAAACCCGAAUUAUGGAGACUGGUAUCAGAAGAAGGGGAGAUGGAUUUCCCUAUCAUUCUUGAGGUCAUACCGUCGACAAGGCUUAACAACAUAUCUAUACAUCUCCAUACAGACGCUUCUCAAGUGCCAUCUGCUGAUGCACGUAUGAUCGUGGACGACUUUAUCGAUCUAGUAUUUCAUACGAUAAAGUAUCCGUUGACCCGAGGCCUUGACAAAUUGUUUAGCCAAGGUGGGAAGCUACCGUCAGUUGUGCGGAUAGCAAAAGAACUAAGGAUCAUGGACUCGACAACAGAGAAUGUGACAUCACCAUCGCAUGUGAUGGCUGGGAUUCUGGAGUUAUCAGGCGAAGAAACCCUAGUCAGAGACGUCAUGUCUGUUUUGUCCAAAUAUGAACAGGGCACCAUCAAGCGCGAGACUACUAUAUUUCAACUGGGGCUUGAUAGCAUCAAUGCCGUGCAAAUUUCAAGGAUACUGAAAGACAAGGGAUAUGCAGUGUCAGCCGCAGAUAUUCUAGAGAAACCGAGUAUGAGCCAGAUUGCGGAGUUACUGCAUAAGCCAACUAGUGGAAUGCCAUUGCAGUCGUUCGAUUUCCAAUCAUUUGAGUUGGAGUAUAAGCAUCAAAUUUUAAAGAAACUAGCAAUCGAGGGGUCAUGUAUUGAGUCAAUACGGCCAUGCAGCUCAAUGCAGUCCGGAAUGCUUGCAAAAUUCACAGAGUCUAAAGGAGAGUUAUAUCUCAAUCGUCUUGUUUUAAAGAUGAAGGAAAAUUUAGACAUCCUGCGCUUGAAAGAUGCCUGGUCCAGGGUUAUGGCCCGCCAUGAAAUGUUGCGAACUGGUUUUAUACACCUGAAAGAUCCGAAGUCUCCUUUCGCAAUGAUAACAUAUACCGAGAAGUAUGCCACUCUACCAUGGAUUGAACGCAACCAAACACCGUCAGAAGAAGAAUAUCAACAUCAAGCACGCUUGAUUUUUAAGAAUAUGCAUUUACCGCCAUGGAAGCUUGCUUUGCAGCAUUCCCAAUUUCAGAUGCAAGUCGAAUUGACAGCUAUGCAUGCCAUAUAUGAUGCGCAGUCUCUGGACUUGGUACUCUGUGAAGUAGCUGAAGUGUAUAAAGGUUCCGAGCCUCUUUCAUUGCCAGUGCCUAUUACACCUAUAUUGGGUCAUAUCCUCAACGCUGCAUCAUCUCAAACAGAUUCUGGUGCAGAUGCCUUUUGGAGUACGAUGGAAUCACAAUUUCAAGCUACCAAAUUUCCGAACCUGACCCCUUUCAACAUUCGCAAUUCUAAUAUGGUUGUGAAAAGUCAAUAUGCCUCAAAAUCACUGAACACUAUUAAGCAACGGUGCAAAAGCCUUGGAGUUUCCUUGCAAGCUGCAGGCCAGGCAGCAUAUGCCAGGCUUUUAUCGAAUUAUCUAGGAGAAACUAAUGUUUCUUUCGGUGUGGUCUUCUCUGGCCGUGACAUUGAUCGCCAUGCUGAAAACGCAGUCUUUCCUUGUCUAGUGACUGUUCCAAUCCAAUGCCAUGUUCAGCGGAGCAAUAAAGAGCUUGUUUCAUCUAUCAUGAGAACAAAUGCUCUGCUCCUGAAGAAUCAGUUUACACCACUGUCCCGAAUUCAAAGGCUACUCAAACAUGAAGGCCCCCUCAUAGAUACACUCUUUGUUUACCAGAAGUUAUCUCGUAAGGAAACAGAGUCUCAGUUGUGGGAAGUUGCUGACGAGUAUGCUAAAAUUGAUUACCCAUUAUCCGUAGAAAUGGUUCUCGAGGGAGACAGUUUAGCACUACGUCUGACAUGCAGAAGUGACAUUAUCCCUCAGGAGCAGGCUGGUCUUAUGUUAAGGCAAUUGGAUUCUCUCCUGGUAGGCUGUCUGUUUAUGGAAGACUCAGAUAGCAUGGACAUCUCAGCUUUACACCCUGACCUACUUUCUGUCACACCUGCUAAAGAAAAGUACAUACCGUCUCCUAUCUCACUAUUGCAUGAGUACGUUGAGAAAACGGCACGAGAAUUGCCCGAUAAAACCGCGCUUGAAUUCGUUUCGAGCGUCCUUCCAGAAGAAAUGAGGAAAGAAUCUUGGACAUAUCGUGAACUUGAUCAGAUGGGUAACAAGGUUGCAAGGCUUCUGCAAUCUCUCAAAACUGAGACAAGCGGCCUGGUAGCAAUUUGUUUCGAUAAAUGCCCAUCAGCUUAUUUCGCUAUUCUUGGAGUGCUGAAAAGCGGUCAUGCAUAUGUAGCCCUAGACCCCACCGCUCCGUUUGCCAGGAAGCAGUUCAUAAUCGAGGACUCGGGUGCUCGCGUUGUUUUAUGUGCUUCAGACCGGCAUGAAGAAUUGCAAUCAUUGACCGGAGCCGAGGUUAUUGCACUGGACCAGCAGCUCAAUUCAUUGAAUGAAAUGUCGUCAGAUCCACUUGACCUUUCGACAAACAUUGAUCCUCAGGAUACCUGUUACUGCCUUUAUACAUCAGGCACGACAGGGACACCGAAAGGAUGUGAAAUAACGCAUGAAAAUGCCGUACAGGCGAUGGAAGCUUUCACGAGGCUUUUCAGCCCGCACUGGAACCAAGAAUCCCGUUGGUUGCAAUUCGCUUCUUUUCACUUUGAUGUCAGUGUACUGGAGCAAUAUUGGAGCUGGAGUGUGGGGAUCUGCGUCACAUCUUGUCCUCGAGAUGUCUUGUUCCAAGAUCUUCCGGGGACUAUCAAUCGUCUUGAAAUCACGCAUAUUGACCUAACUCCAAGCCUCGCCAAACUCGUUACCCCUGAAGAGGUUCCAUCACUAUGUAAAGGAGUAUUUAUUACCGGUGGCGAAGCUCUCAAACAAGAGAUUCUUGAGGCAUGGGGAAAGCAUAAGGUCAUUUAUAAUGGUUACGGGCCAACAGAAGUUACCAUCGGUUGUACUAUGCUUCCAAGAAUGGAUGAGAACAGCAAGUCGUCUAACAUCGGCCCCCAGUUUGACAACGUGGGUUCAUAUGUUUUUCAGCCAGGAACGAAUAUACCGGUACUACGAGGAUGCAUAGGCGAAUUGUGUGUUUCCGGUGCUUUGGUUGGCCGGGGCUACUUGAACCGGCCAGAGCUAACUCAAGAAAGAUUCCAAUAUCUCGAUAACUUUCGAAAAAAGGAAAGAUUCUAUCGUACAGGUGACCUUGUUAGGAUAUUGCAUGAUGGCAGUUUCCAAUUUAAUGGCCGCAUUGAUGAUCAAGUGAAACUUCGAGGGCAACGACUGGAGCUUGGGGAGAUCAACGCCGUGAUUCAAGAGGCCACAAGUGAUGUAUCAGAAGUUGCGACAUUGGUCAUCAAACACCCAAGUCAGCAGAAGGAGCAGCUUGUGGUGUUCGUCUCAUACAAAAAGCAGGCCACAGACAAAGCGAAAACGGCCAAUUCGCCCGAGGUUCUCAAUGAUGACCACGGAAAAACCAGCGACUUCCUCGCAUGUAUCAAGCAAGCGGCUCAAAAUAAGCUUCCUGGAUACAUGAUGCCAACGCAUUUCAUUCCUAUAAAGUCAUUACCAUUGACCCCGAAUAACAAAAUUGAUGUCAAAGCUUUGAAAACUUUCUUCUCGGCACUCUCCCUCGAGCGUCUUCAGGCGUUAAGUUCUUCAGCCAACGAAACGAGGUCAUUGAUUGAAAAGGAUAUCCAAGCUGUUAUUCGAGUUCUUGCACAAUUUGCCAAGAUAAGUUUAGAUGCUAUCUUUCCAAAUACUAGUAUCUAUGAUAUCGGACUUGAUUCUAUAUCAGUGAUUGGGCUUGCCCAACAUUUUAGAGAUGCGGGAUAUCAAAAUGCACAGGUUUCAAUGAUCAUGAGGAAUCCUACUGUUGCGGAUAUUGCGACGUCAUUAAAAAGCAAUGCAUUGAGCAUAAAGUCAACUGAUUUGCAAAGCGCAGAUAUCAAACAGAAGUUGAAGGCAUUCGUCCAUGAAAACUCCGUGAACGGCGCAGAAAAAAUUGGUAUUUCUCUUCAAAGCAUCGAAGAUAUGGCGCCUUGCACACCAUUACAGGAAGGCAUGAUAGCACGGUUUCUGGAAAGCUUCCGCGGUCUCUACUGUUCAUCUUUUAGGUUCGAAUUGAAGCCCGAAACUGAUCUUGGUCGAUUGAAAAACGCUUGGGCCGAAACCCAGAUAGGCGUCCAGCUUCUUCGGGUUCGCAUGACCCCAUUGGUAAAUGGAUAUGCUCAGAUUGUUUUGAAGCAUGAUGAGCUGCCAUGGAUCGAAAUGGAUGCAGAGAACGAGCGUGACAUCCCCUUUGUAUUUGAUAAUAACUGGAACGCGUGGCGCACUGAACUACGAGACUUUUCCUGCGCAUUAUGGAGAUUGGUUGUCGUCAAAUCCCCAAAUCGUAGGUUUCUUUGCUUGAACAUAUUUCACGCUCUUUAUGAUGGCAAUAGUCUCCCGAUAUUGUUAGAGCAAGUGGCUUUGAGAUAUCACGGCAAACCUAUUUGGGAGAAUAUACCAAAGUUCAUGGAUAUUUUACCCUAUGGUCCGUUACGAAUAUCACCGGGGGCCAGAGAAUUUUGGAUGGAACAUUUAGUCAACACCCCAGGCGGGCGUCUAUUCAAUGCACCCAAAACCGCUGCACCUGAGUCUAUUUCUUUAACGCGAGUCCUGGACCAAGUGCCAGAUUAUGAGCAUAUCAAAGCUACUCUUCAAGUGACGGAAAACUCCAUAUUUCACGCAUGCUGGCUUCUCACACUACAAGAACACUUUUCUCUUGUCCCACCUCUGGGAAUCGUGGUCUCCGGGAGAGCUCUGGAUAUUCCUGGUAUUGAGUCUGUUACUGGGCCACUUUUCAACACAAUACCAAGUUAUAUACCGCUACAUAACCUGAAGACCAAAGCUGACCUCAUAAGAUCCUGCCAUCUAUUUCAUGUAUCGGCGCUUCCAUUCCAACAAACCCCGCUUCGAGACAUUAUGAAGUGGACGAGAAGACGACCGAGAAACCCUCUUUUUGAAACCCUUUUCGUAUUUCAGAAAGAGCUCAAAAAAGCAUCGCCGUCUCCCGCAACAAAUAUCUGGACAGUGAUUGAGUCGGCGGAUGCACCUGCUGACUUCCCCCUCUCUUUCGAGGUUAGGCAGAGUGCAAAUACUGUAAUAUUAACCCUAACAUCGCAAGACUUUGCAGUACCUGCAGAUACGGCGAAAGCACUUUUGUCAACUUUUGAGAGGAUCUCCAAGGAUAUACAGUUCAAUCACGUAUCUGCUCUACCUGACGUAGAUGAAUCUUCGAGUCAAUCAAUUUCGAACCCGAAUAUUCUGCCACAAUCAAAUGGAACGGAAGUCGAGAAUACCGUAGAUGAGAGUGAUUGGUCCUCCGUCAUGAUAGAGGUUCGCAAUGUCGUCGCUGAUCUUGCGGGAGUCGACAUAAGCACAGUGCAUCCGGGGACAUCUAUAUUCGAGCUUGGGCUAGAUAGCAUUGAUGCUAUCAGGUUAUCCUCGCGACUCAAACAUCGUGGUAUCGAUCUUCCUGUCAGCUCAAUUAUGAAACACCAAACAAUCUUGAACAUGUCAGAAAGGUUAUCUGUAUCGACGACUUCAUCGAAUGGUAUCUCACAUGUCUCCCUUGCUCAGCUUGAAGAUGAAAUCAGAGCAAGCUUAGGGCAGGCUGGCAAACUACGGAGUGAUGCCAUCAAGGUUCUACCUUUAACAGCACUUCAAGAAUCUAUGGUCGCUGAGAUGCUCAUUUCAAAAUAUCAGCAUUAUUAUGGCGUUGAGGUUUUUGAGGUCAUGCAAGAUACGGAUAUCCCAAGACUACUGGAAUCCUGGGAUGCUGUUAUAAAUGCCAAUCCUAUCCUUCGAACAUCUUUCGUGGAGAUAGAGGAUCCCAAACUCUCCAUGUCCUUUGCUCAAGUUGUGCAUCCACCAAAACAUCGGCAUGUUCAGGAAAUUGAUAUACAACAAUCGUCCAUAAAUGAUUUUAUUCAGUCCAAAAUCUUCGAUGAUGUUUGUCCUGCUUUCUACGUUAAUGGAAUUCGAAAGGCAUAUAAAUAUUAUCUUAUCCUCUCUAUGGCCCAUGCUCUUUACGAUGGGUGGUCGCUUGACCUUCUGCACGCCGACGUUGAAGAAGCAUAUCGUGGAAACACCGUGGCCCGUCCAUCAUAUGAGCCAGUACUAGAGCAGAUACUUAAUGAAGCUGGAGAAAGCCAUAGGCAGUUCUGGACAGCUGCACUAAAAGACUUCAAGCCGCGAACUUUUCCAAUUGGGCAACAUCCUGGUGGCAAUCGAUCGGAAGUGCAUCGAACAGAAUUAUUAUUUGAUAUUCCGAGCGAAACAAUUAAGCACUUCUGCCGACAAUAUGGAAUAACAGUGCAAGCAUUAAGUGUCGCUACCUGGACUCUCACUCUGGCCAGCUUUGUGGAAAGUCUUGAUGUAGGUUUCGGGCUUGUUCUUUCUGGACGAAGUCACGCAGACGCCGACAAGGUCAUGUUCCCGACAAUGAACACAGUUGUUUUUCGAUCUAUUUUACAUGGCUCCAGAUUGGAAAUGCUUAAGUAUGUCCAAAACAGUCUAAAUUCUUUGAUUGAGCACCACCACUACCCUCUUCGUAAAGCUGGCAGUGAAGUUGCAGCUGGAAAUUUGUUUGACACACUAUUCAUCUACCAAAAACGACCGACUUUCUCGUCAUCACGAAGCCCAAUCUACAAAUCUAUCAGUGGAAAAUCAGACACAGGUUAUCCUCUAUCAGUAGAGAUGGAGCUUUUGGAGGAGUCAAUCAUCUGCCGUCUCGCAGCUCGAGAUGAUCGUUUUGGCAUGAAGGAUGCAACAAAUAUUCUCGAUCGCGUGGCCCAAGUUUUCCGACUUGUAAUUUCUAAGCCACAGCAUCCAACAAUAGAAUUUGCUGAUACUGGAAUAAGAAUAUGUGGAAGCCCUUUCUUCCAUGAGAAUCGCAUUGAAUUACAACCAGAUCCUAACGGUGGCGAGGUUCCCACGUCGGAAGUUUCGACAUCGUGGACUACCCUGGAAUCUAAAAUUCGCGAAGUGCUUUCAGUGAUCUCAGGUACAGCUCAAGAAGAUAUCAAAAAGGAUAGCACACUAUUUCAUUUGGGACUUGAUAGCAUUAGCGCAAUCAAGGUGUGCUCAUUAUUGAGAAAGCAGGCAAUUGUUCUACCGGUCAGUUCCAUGCUGAAAGCCGGAUCCAUACAUAAAAUGGCUGCUGUGGCUGAAUUGGGACAAGAGCAUAUCGAGCAACAUAUUUCUAGCGACGAUGAUGCGUACAUACUUAAGAAGGUUUUAGGCGCGCUUGAUAUGCGAAACCUACUAUCAUUGAACGGCAUCUCUAUGCAGGAGGUCGACACCAUCCUUCCAGUCACCGCAGGACAAAUUUACUGUCUUGUUAGAAACGCACAAGAUCCACAAUUGUUUCACGCGAGUUUCUAUUAUAAGGUCGCAGGAUUAGACAAAAUUCAGUUAAGUGAAGGGUGGAAGCUUCUGAUGAGACGGCUUCCGAUUCUGCGCACGGCAUUCAUUCGCACUGGUCACAGGGAAACCCCGUGGGUGCAGGUAAUUAUGAAGAAUUUGGAUAAUUCGAUAUGCUGGCAUGCAACAACUGAGGAUGUCGAGUUCUUGUCUCCGGUCCCGCGUUCUGUCGCCGCAGGGCCUGUUUCUCUACACGCGGUGGAAACUGGACAAGGGCUAGUGAUAAAUCUGCAUAUCCACCAUGCACUUUAUGACGCGAUUAGUCUUCCCAGGAUCAUCGAUUGCCUUGGACAGAUCUGUACUGAUGUCAAUACGCAACUGGAUGGCAAUAUGGACUUUGCCAAAUUCAUAAUAUAUCAGAAUGUUCACUCGCUAUAUACUCAUCGCCAUCAAUUCUGGAAGACUUACCUCGCAGGAGUCCGUCCCCGUAUUUUACCAGUUCUGGAAACAAACCAUGACUAUUCCGGUCAAGAAAGUAGGCACGGUUUGUACCAACCUGGACUAUUUGAGGAUAUCGAAAGCAUAGAGGCGGUGGCACGACAACACGGUCUCAGUUCACAAUCUUUGUUCAUGGCAAUAUACGCAAAAAUACAUUCAGAAUUACUGACAGAAAGCCUCGCAAAUGGGGAAAGUAAGGGAGGGAAUCAUCACCCAGUAGAGGAUGAUUUCGUCGUGGGUGUAUAUCUGGCCAACAGAGGAUAUGAUCUCGAAGGACUACAAGAUAUGAUUUCUCCUACUUUGAAUAUGGUACCGUUACGUAUUGCGGCACUCCCUUCUUCGUCGUCUUGUUCGUCCUCUCCCUUGAUCGAAAGCGCGCAUCAGAUCCAAAGGGAUUUGCAUGAGAUUAGCCGCGUGGAUCAUUCGGGAGUAUCACUGCUAGAGAUCAAAAACUGGACAGGCAUCCGUGUUGAUAUCUUUGUGAAUUUCCUUAAGUUACCAGAUCCCGGAUUAGAAGAAGAAGAGUUAAAAGAGACGGUUACAGGCCAUGGAAUCAGUUUUGUCCCAUUGCAAGCAGAAAAACUGGGGAAAGUCACACAUGGUGCCUCGUUGGCUAAGAGUCAUGCUCAUGGCAGGGAUGGGCUAGGGAGUCCACGCAGCAAGGAAGAAGAGGAGAAAUGGAAGGAAAUUUAUAUGGUUCGUUAA